CUUGAAAGCUGUCCUGAUGGGGAAGCCCCAGGACAACACAGUGGACUUGUCGGGCAUCCCGCUGACACUGAAAGACUUGGACCGCGUCACGUCCUACCUCCAGCACAGCUCGGAGCACAUCGACACGGUGGAGCUGUGCUUCACGGAGCUGACGGACGACAUGCUGCUGCAACUGCUGCCAGCGCUCUGCGUGCUGCCCCACCUCACCACCCUCUCCCUCAAUGGCAACCGGCUCACCAAAGCCAUCCUACGGGACCUCACCGAAACCCUGAAGGACCCCAAGAAGUUCCCUAGCAUCACCUGGAUCGACCUCGGCAACAACGUGGACAUCUUCUCCUUGCCGCAACCCUUCUUGGUCAGCCUAAAGAGACGAUGCCCAAAGCAAGGCAACUUGCCAACAAUUCUGGAGUUCGGCGAAGGUCAGGUAAGCGAUUUGGAGGGCCAAGAUGGCCUGGCCGAGAGCCAGGAGGACGUGCAAGCUGGACCAGGCAAGACUGACAACAUAGGCUUGCAGCAGAUGGACAGAACAGUCGAGGCUGGGGAGCUCCCCAACUCGGAGCAAGGUGCUGCGACACCGCAGACAUGA